AUGAUUGCAGCCAGCGGCGAGCUUUCCAUUAUGGUGAGGAGAUGUCUUCUCACUUUCAAACCAUUCAGGAUCUUCGUGGUGGGGAUUGGCUUCUUCAGCCUGUGCUUUCUGAUGACCUCUCUCGGGGGCCAGUUCUCAGCCAAGCGACCCGGAGAUUCCCCCUUCACGGUGCGAGCAGAAGUGCUCGGUGGGCAAGAAUCUCGUGGGGUGCUGAGGAAAAUCAGUGACAUGCUGGAGGUCAUUAUGAAGAGGAUGGAUGCUCUGUCUAAACUGGGUAACACCACAGAUGCCCACAGGCUGGAUGAGCUCAGCUCAGCCCUGGACAGGAUUCAGCCUAUAGGGCUGGUGGAGCGGAUUCAGGCCAUCGCCCAGAACAUGUCUGACAUGGCGGUGAGGGUGGAGCAGAUCCUACAGCGCAGCAUGGCCAGCAACAGAGUCAGGGAUGGAACAUUAGGACAAUGUGAGAUUCCUAAAGAUCCCCGUUAUCCAGACUGUCCCAGCAAGAUGGAUUGGAUGCGCGCUCGUUGGACCUCAGACCCUUGCUAUGCCUUUUAUGGUGUAGACGGCUCCGAUUGCUCCUUCCUUGUCUACCUGAGCGAGGUGGAGUGGUUCUGCCCCCCACUGGCCUGGAGGAACCAGACUGCUACACCCACAUUGAAGCCUCCACCCAAGAGACAGGCUGUUUUCCAGUCCGACAUCGGAGCUCUGCUGGAGCAGGUGGGCACGGGGAAGGAAUCACUGAGCUUCAUGAAGAGACGCAUACGCAGGAUGGCAGCACAGUGGGCCACCGCUGCUCGACGGCUGGAUGACAAGCUCCGCAACCACUGGAGAGAGCAGAAAAGGAUUCUGGUUCAUGUGGGCUUUCUGACAGAGGAGUCUGGGGAUGUCUUCAGUCCCAAAGUGCUGAAGGGGGGUCCUCUGGGUGAGAUGGUGCAAUGGGCUGACAUCCUCACAGCCCUCCAUGUGCUGGGACACAACCUCAAGAUGUCAGUUUCUCUCAAGGAGCUGCACGGGUUUUUGGGGGUCCCUCCAGGAAGAGGCAGCUGCCCUCUGACAGGACCUCUGCCCUUUGACCUCAUCUACACAGACUACCACGGCUUGCAGCAGAUGAAGCAGCACAUGGGUCUGUCACUGAGGAAGCACAAGUGCCACAUCCGAGUGAUUGACACCUUCGGCACGGAGCCUGCUUACAACCACGAGGAGUACGCCACUCUGCACGGCUACAGGACCAACUGGGGUUACUGGAACCUCCACGGCCAGCAGUACAUGACCAUGUUCCCCCACACUCCAGAUAACUCUUUUAUGGGUUUUGUGGCGGAGGAACUGAAUGAGACGGAACGACUGAACAUUCAGCGGAACAAGGUUAACAAUAUGGCUGUUGUGUACGGCAAAGAAGCCAGUAUGUGGAAGCUUCAAGGAAAGGAAAAGUUCCUGGCCAUUCUGCAUCGCUACAUGGAGAUCCACGGGACGGUGUACUAUGAGACGCAGCGCCCCCCAGAGGUGCCCGCAUUUGUCAAGAACCACGGUCUGCUGCCUCAGCAGGAGCUGCAGCAGCUCCUCAGAAAGGCCAAGCUGUUCAUUGGGUUUGGCUUCCCCUAAGAAGGCCCCGCCCCUUUGGAGGCCAUAGCCAAUGGCUGCAUCUUCCUACAACCCAAGUUUAACCCGCCUCACAGCUCUCUGAAUCAUGACUUAUUCAGGGGGAAGCCCACCUCCAGGAAGGUGUCCUCUCAGCAUCCGUAUGCAGAGCAGUAUAUCGGCAGGCCGCAUGUCAUCACUGUCGACUUCAAUAACUCUGAGGAGUUUGAUGCGACCAUCCGUGAGAUUAUAAGGAUCAAUGUGGAGCCGUUCCUGCCCUAUGAGUACACCUGUGAGGGGAUGCUUGAAAGAGUUCACGCCUACAUUCAGAACCAGGACUUUUGUUCCCCUGAAGUUCCGUUUCCUCCAGUAAACUCGUCUUGGCUGAGCAGCCCUCCCAGUCCUUUCAUCCUCCUGCCGAACUCCAGCAUCCUAACUUGGGCCUCCAACGCCAGCUCCUACACAUCCUGGCCACCACUCAGCGCACUCCGGCUCUUGGCUUCGCUGGAGGGCCAGUCAUGUGUGAAGGCGUGCCAGAGUGCAGGACUCAUCUGCGAACCUGCCUUGUAUCGUUUCAUCAACAUCAAGGAGGCCUUCAGCGCGCUGGACCUCCAGUGUGACGGAGUGGAGUCCGAGAUGAACCACAUCUUCCCUGCCUUCUCAGCAGAGCACGCUGAAUGCGGCCUGCAGCAGGACCCCCUGCUGUUCAGCUGUGCCGGCUCCAGUGCCAAAUACCAGCGCCUUUGCCCCUGCAGGGACUAUCGUAUCGGCCAGGUGGCACUGUGCAGAGACUGCCUAUGACCAGAGGAGGAUGCAUGGACGGAGACUCUUUUCUAACACUUGGUGAGAUCGCUUUGAAAGGGAGAGUCUGUGGAGAAAUGCUGUUAUACAUAAACUCUACUCCUUUACCUCUGACCAAGGACUGGCUGCCAAAAUUGUAAGACAGUAUUACCUCUCAGGGAACUGCAUGAUUGUACUUUGAAUCUGGUGAGUGUGAAGCCUCACUUUAAAGGUUUACAUGGCUGCAUUAGGACCACAGUCGUUACAGAAGUCGCGAUGAAAUGUGUCACGUGAUUGAUCGGUUAGAUUAGUAACGAAAUUACGAGCAAUCAAAAUGAAAGCUUUGAUUUAAAAAAAUGCAAAUGCUUGAAAUUCUUGAAAUUCACAAGUGUGUUUACUCAGUGUUGUGUGAAUACCUACAGUAUCAUAGUGGAGUUUGGAUAUUUGUACUAGAUGCACCCAAAGCCAUUUACACCAUGUCGAGAUGUACUAUUUUACAUGUCCUGUAAUGAAUAUAUUUGUACAUAAGUGUUGUUUAAUAAAAUA